ACAAAGUAUGGCAAGAAGCAGAUCCCACCCGCCUAUGUUUGAGGGAAAACACUCCCACAGCAAAAGCUGUCAGGGAUAAUACUGGAGGUGGUUUCAUUUACCAGAACAAAGAACCAUGCUAGCAAAAACUGGCAUAAUAUAAAUACCUCAAGGAUAAAGAUUUCUUCCCUAGAGAGAAGAGGAGGAAGAAAUUAAAGGGAAGAAGAACACACAUCCAUAAACUGGUCACAGGCAGCAGCACCACCAGGUCUCAUGACAAUGACCUAUCUGUUUCUUUUUCUCCUUUUUGGAACCCUGGCUCUCUCCGGCUCAGAAGGUGCUGGCAACUCCACAGCCAAGCAUCGCUAUGCUCGGUUCUUGUUUGAUGUUUUUGACAGACCUAAGCCUGAAUAUAACAUAAUUCCUAACCCACCUCAACAAGACUCAUCUGCAAAACAGAUCUGUCGAAGUCGGUGCCAGAAGGGCUGGAUUAGUUACAAAGGCCACUGUUAUAUGUUUGUUCAAGAGAGAAUGACAUGGAUGGAAGCUGAGAAAAUGUGUUCGGCUAAAAGUGCAGGAGGUCACCUAACCAGCAUUACCAGUGCAGAACAGAAUGAAUUCCUUCAUAAACUUUCUCAGGGACAAAAGGUUGCCCAGUUCUGGACAGGAGGAACUUACCAAAAGGGUUCGUUGUUGAAAUGGAGUGAUGGAUCUCUGAUAACCUUUGUCCAGAGGCCUCUGACAUCCAUUUUCCAUGCUGUUGGAGGACUAAUUAACAGCCUGUUUAACAUAAAACUUUGCCUGAUGGUCAAUAUUGGAGGAGGGGCUCAGUGGGACAGCUCCCCCUGCAGCCAGAGGCUACCAUUCAUCUGCACUUACACACCAAAACUGGUCCACCCUUAACCUAUCACUGAACCACUGAUGAAACCUGACUGGCUGCCACAGCAUUUGGAAUAGAGUUCACCUGAAAUCCAUUAGUGCAGAAAAAUCUUUUGCAUGGAAAAAUCAAGGUCUUAUACUAAAAAAGAAGAGGUAUUAUAGCAAGUGACAUUUCUGUUCUGUUUGCAUUAUUGUGGUGAUGUUCCUGUAGACUAUCUUUAAAAUGAUCCUAUAAAAAUAAAUUCUGAUUUUAUUUGAAUGCUUGAUGAAAUCAGCGUACAAUUUAGCUUUUCCACAGGGUGUUCAAGAAUAUUCAUAAGAGCUCUUUAAUUAUUAAAUAAUUACCAAUCAUGCAUUAAAACUUUAUUUAUUCCACCAUUUGAUCAUGCCAAGUAAUACAUUUUAAAUCCUAGAUAUUUUUCCUUUCUUAGUGUCAGAUAGAUCCAAGUAAAAUAAAUUGAAUAUUUUUAAUAUUUCAGUAGAUAAAUGGCUAAUUCAAGAAACAGAAAUAGCCAUAAGAUGAGGCCCAAAUUACAGGGAAAAGUCAUCAGUGUACCAUUGGGCCCAGGAGGUGGUGCACCACUUUGCGAACUGUAUAGGAUGACACCUCGUUAAGUGAAACAAAACCUUGCCAUCAUGGUUAGAGUUUUCAGAGUUCUCA